AUGAGUUCGAUUCGGCACGCUGCCCCCUCCACCCCUGGUCUAAACUGGCGUCGUCGGAAUGUCUCAUCUUCGAAGCCAUCUGCAGCCCGGCAGUCUUUUCAUUGGCGGCUCGUGGGGCGGAUGACUUGGGUUAGGGACAGGUCCCUUGCGGCUUGGCUGGCGAGAAGCGUCUUUUUGGCUGCCCGCACGUCCGGUUCCCACUACGCUCGGGACAGUCCCGCGGUGUCUGGGAUGCUAACUCCUCCUUCUGCCCAGCCUUCUUACCCAGGCAGGACGUGGUCCAAUCAGUAUCUUGUUUUUACAGCCCUCCUCAAGCCAACCGAAUCAUGA